AUGAGAUCUGAAUCUAAAGUAAAACAAGUGCUGGAGGCGACUGGCGUUCCCAACAAUGAUUCUGCAGAGAGCUCUGGCAGCGCCACAGAUAAAGAGGAAAGAGUCGGGAAGCUUAUCGAGAUGGCUGGAGAAAUUCAGGAUAAGUCGGAAAUCAGCAAGGAUAUUGAGAAGAAAGUGAUGGAAGACAACUCGGAUGAUGAAAGUGACGCCCAAGAUGGAGGCACCCGGGCCUGGCUACAAGUGCUAGGCUCGUUUCUUGUCUUUUCUAAUAUAUGGGGACCUGCCCUUGCAUACGGUAUCUAUGACUUUAUUUCAUUUCAAGGAGCAUUUAAAUCGUUUUAUGAGAUCACAUACUUGCCCAAUACGUCUGCAUCAGCUCUCUCUUGGGUUGGCACAACUGCCAACUUCUUACUCAUUUUUGGCGGCAUUCUGACGGGCCCUCUUUUCGACAUGGGUUUCUUUCGCACUAUGCUCCUAAUUGGUGCUUUGAUCGAAACUCUGGCUGUGUUUUUGCUGAGCUUAUGUACCAAAUAUUGGCAAGUCCUGCUCACACAGGGAAUUAUGCUUGGUAUUGGGUGCUGUUUCCUUUAUAUGCCUGGGCUUGCGCUGGUCGGUCGAUCAUUCAGAAAACAUCGCGCCGCGGCACUCGCAUGCGCUAUCUCUGGCGCGCCCAUCGGCGCAAUUCUCUUUGACGCCAAAGCUUUCCUUGACCUGCCCUUCGUGGUAUAUACCACGAGCAACUUCAUGGUGUUCUUUGCAUACUUGGUUCCAUUCAUCUACAUGUCCAGCUUUGCUCAGCUCUCUCUAGGGAUGAGCUCUUCAGCAGCAAAUCUAGGCAUUAUUGUUACGCAGACCACUUCGAUUGUCGGUCACUUGAUGGCCGGCUACAUUGCUGGCAAAAUUGGCAACAUUACCCAAUGGAUUAUAUGUGCAUUAGGCAGUGGAGUCCUAUGCAUUGGUUGGAUUGGUGUUCAACAACCAUGGGCAUAUUAUUUCAUUUUUGCACUAUUCGGCAUCUUUAGUGGACCUCUGCUCUCACUGCCACCAAGCGCCUUCCCACUGGUAUGUCCUGAUCCAAAGGUGAUUGGCACAAGACUGGGUAUGGCGAGCGCAAUCGGAGCAUGUGCCAGCUUGGUAGGUAGUCCAGUAGAAGGCGCCCUAGAGGGGUUGGGUGGGCAUGCCUUUCUGGGUCCUCAGAUUUUCUGUGGGUUGUGUAUGAUGAUUGGAGGCUGUACUUUGGUUAUUUUAUGGGGGAUUUUGGGAGAGGAGCGGGAAGCAAGUUCAUAUAAAAGGAACAAGCAACUGCCAUAA